GGGCCGGGCCGUGUGGCGGCGCGGGGCCUCAGCUCGGCCCGGGGCGCGGGGAGGGGAGCGCGGGCCGUGGAGCGGUGUCCGCGUGGGGGCAUUGGUUCCCCCGCACAGCCGCUCCUCGCCCGCACGCGUGGGUGCUUUUACGCUCCGGAAUCGACCGCGGCGACAAAGCCAACCCAACGAACGGAAGGUUGGAGGCUUUUGGUAGCCGCGUUGCGCGCUCCUCAUCCGCAGCGAUGGCGGCGAGUCCCGUGGUGACGUCAAAGCGGCGGCAGGAAGCGGUGCGCGGGGUCCGCACGGAGGUGGUUUGCACCGCGUUCUCCAACGCCGUCCUCGUGGUGGUCACGCAGUACGGCAAGAUGGGCACGCUCGUCUACGUGGACCCCGACACCGUAGGGGACAACGUUGGCAGGCCUUCGCUCAGCACCAAAGUGCUGCUGGGCAAGGAUGAGCCCCUCGUCCACGUUUGUGCCAAAAACCUGGUGGCAUUCGUGUCUCAGGAAGCUGGGAACAAACCUGUUCUUCUCGCCAUGGCUUUGAAGGACAAGACCAUGGAAGGAAUACAAGCUCUACGGGAAGUGAUCCGGAGCUGCCAAGUGUGGUGAAGUCGUACCAUCUGGAUUCAAGGAAAUGAUCUGGAGUCCGUGACUCAUCACCACUUUUUUGAGAGGACAAGAAACGAAAAUGAUGGAAUGCCUUUGUGCUGGUUUUGGACACGCUUAGGAAUGUGAUGCAUUUUUUCUCUACUGUGUAGAAUGGUUGUGGGUUUUGUUGCUGUGACAGGUUUGUUGGUGAUGAGAUGAGAACAGUUGCCUCAGUACACAACUGAGAUGUUAUUUUUGCCACCUGGGGAGGGAUGUCUAUCUGGGAAACAUCACAGCUCUGCGUUUGUGUCCCCAGGAGCGAUGGAUGCCAGGCUCUGUAGCUCCGCUGCACCGCAAAGGGGAACACCCAGUGCAGAGUGAGUAAAAGAAACACUGAUGAAUCUAAUUUUACAUGGUUGGUUGGUGGGUUGGUUUUUUUUUUUUGCUCUGUGAAAAUCACCUCAAUUGAAAUACAAGCCUCCGUAACAAAUAAACAGCAAUUGCAUAAUAGGAAA